ACGAAAUCCUCUGAGACCAAGUUGCGUGGGAGGGAGAUGACAAAACCUGUAAGGCAGGCCUGUUACGUGACGAUUAACGUAAAAUAAGUCUCUGGUCGGGAAUUCACGAAGGCUUCAAGAGGAAACAACUGAAAAACAUUCUCAUGACUUGUGUACGGUGGAUAUUUAUGUGAUAGAGAGCACCGAGUCGAAAGACACAGGUAGGCUUUCACAAACCGUGACGUCUCACAAACAAUUAUGUUUUGAUAGUCAAUGACUACAGUAUACAUUUAAAAAAAAAAUCCUGGUCCGCUACAGAAAUAAAGAAUGAGUCAAUGGAAACAAAUUCAACAGCUCGAGUUCAAAUACCUGGAGCAGGUGGAUUACCUUUAUGAUGACAACUUCCCUAUGGGGAUUCGGCAGGUGCUUUCUGACUGGAUUGAAAGCCAGGACUGGGAAAUGGCCGCACACCAUGAGUCCAUGGCGACAGUUCUCCUCAGCAAUCUCCUGUCUCAGUUGGACAGGCAGUGUUCUCAGGAACAGAACUUCCUACAAAGACACAACCUGAAGAACAUCAACAAGCAGUUACAGAUAAAAUACAAAGCCUACCCUCUACUCAUGGCCGGGGUCAUCUCCACUAGCCUCAGAGAGGAGCGUCGUAUCAUCGCCUCAGCCAACAUACCGGAACAGGGCCCGUUGGAGAAGUCUGUACAGAAUUCCGUGGCCUUCGAGAGACAGAAGAACAUGGACAACAGGGUGGUCGUGAUCAGGAGUAGUGUGCAGAUGCUGGACCCGGCAGUGAAAUGUCUAGAGGACAUGCAAGAUGACUUUGACUUACGCUUCAAAACUAUCCAGUCUCGAGAUCAGGCGGACAGGAACACAGAGCGGAUGGAACCGGAAGUGGCCCGUCUGCAGGAGAUUCUCAACAACCUGGACUUUAGGAGGAAGGAGAUCCUGUCUAAAAUGAGUGAUGUGAUAAAAGAGAUUGACACUCUGAUAGCCUCCCAGCUGAACCCAGAGCUGAUGGAGUGGAAACGCAGGCAGCAGAUCAACUGUAUAGGUGGCCCACUGCUCACUGGACUGGACCAGCUCCAGAACUGGUUUACUCUGACGGCCCAGAGUCUGUUCCAGAUGAAACGUCAGCUGGACAAACUGGGAGAACUUAUCCUGAAGGUGACCUAUGCGAGCGACCCCAUCUCCUUGCAGAGACCGCAGCUGGAGGAGCAGGUCAAAUACCUCAUCGACCACCUCAUCAAAAGCUCAUUUGUGGUGGAGAAGCAGCCAUGGAUGCCAACCCACCCCCAGAAACCUCUCAUCAUCAAGACCGGGGUGCAGUUCACCACCAAAGUCAGAUUGUUGGUCAAACUCCCAGAGGUGGAUUAUCAACUGAAAGUGAAGACGAUAUUUGACAAGUACCUCCCCCCUGGCAGAGUACAUCGUCAGUUCUUCAUCCUGACUUCCACCACCAAAGUAAUGGACGUGGAGGAAUCAUCUAAUGGCUGUCUAUCUGUAGAGUUCAGACACUUGCAGCUGAAAGAGAAGAAAUAUGUUAACGGUACAAAGGUGAACGAGGGUCCUCUCUCUGUGACGGAGGAGCUCCACUCCCUCAGCUUCGAGGCCCAGUUCAACAUACAGGGCAUUAACAUCGACCUGGAGACCUGCUCUUUUCCUCUGGUGGUCAUCUCCAAUGUUAGCCAGCUGACUGGAGGCUGGGCCUCCAUCAUGUGGUACAACAUGCUGACUGACGAACCCAGGAACCCGGACUUCUUUGCCAGUCCUCCGCGGGCCAGUUGGGGCCAGCUCUCUGAAGUGCUGAGUUGGCAGUUCUCGACUUUCACUGGGCAGGGCCUCAACAGGGAGCAGCUGUGCAUGCUGGGAGAGAAACUCAUGGGUCAGCAAGCCUCUCACAAUGAAUGUCAGGUAUCCUGGUCCAAAUUCUGCAAGCUCCUAGUGGAGUCCUUCUCCAACAAAAAAAUCACCUCACUUCCCCUUAACCUACUUCCAGUGGUCAAAGAGAAUAUUCCUGGAAAGCCUUUCAGUUUUUGGAUGUGGCUGGAUUUCAUCCUGGAGCUAAUCAAGAAGCACCUGCUUCCCAUCUGGAACGACAACUGCAUCAUGGGCUUUGUCAGUAAGGAGACAGAGAGGGCCUGUUUGAAGGACAAGGAGCCUGGGACAUUCCUGCUGCGCUUCAGUGAGAGCCACCUGGGUGGGAUCACUUUCACCUGGGUGAAGCAGUCCGACAGUGGAGAGGCGAAAUUAAUCUCGGUGGAGCCGUACACCAAAUCACGCCUCAGCGCUCUCCCGUUCGCCAACAUCAUCCGGGACUACAAGGUCAUCACAGACGGAGAGGUCCCUGAGAACCCGCUCAAGUUCCUCUACCCUGGCAUCCCCAAAGACGAGUCCUUCAGACGACAUUACAACAGUCCGCAGAGCAAAGUCUUUCCAUAUAUAUCAGCUACAUGGAUCCCCAUCUCCACUUUGCAAUGAGUUCUCCGUACUCCGAGUAACACAAGAUGACCUGCAGAGUAUGCCAAGUAACUCACGCCUCUACGACUUGUGUUCCACUGAGGGUCACUGGAUGUGGCAUUUUCUCUUACAUCUGAUCACAAUAUAUUGCUCUUCUAUCCAACUGCUAGUAUUGUCUUUGAGCCCAUUGUCAUGAAUACAAACGUAUAAUGUUGUAAGUGUAAAGUAGAUAUUACAUGCAGUGGUAGAUCACUUCUCAUAAAAUAGAUUUAUUUAAUUAUGUGUAUUCUGAAAUGUCUUGUAUUAUGUGGCACUAAUGUUAGCCUAUUGUAGGACUAUAUGUCUUAGAGAAGUUUAUCACAAACUAAGGUUUGGACAACGAAUAAAUGUUUAUUAUCCCAUUCUUUUUCAUUAGUUUAGCUACCAAUUUGAUAUUUUUGCACUAAGAGCCCAAGGCCUCUCGAGUAGAAAAAGGGUUUAACUACAUAUGAUUUCCCCUAUUGUCUUUACUACUGAGUAGAAUAUACCUAUAGAUAGCCAUGAUCAACAGCCAGAGGAUGGAUAAAAUAUUGUACUGGACAAAGCAAUAUUUUUUUUCAUCAGCUUUUCUCUCCUUGAAUAUGUGGAAUGCUUUUGCUGUCUAAAAUUUAACACGUAAACAAAUUCCCAAGUAAGAUUUUUGUUUUUUGUCAUGCUCUUCAGAAGUGCACCGUUUCCUCAUAUGUUGAAAUAUUUCGUGAAUGAUUCAAAUGCAGAUGUACCCUUCAUCUGUCAUUUAAACAGUAAAGUAUGAGAACCCGGGGGAUUAUCAUGAAUUACACACGACGAAGGCUGUUUUCAAACGCCUGGAUUAAACGGUUGCCAACAUACA